CGUUACGGGUUUCAGUGUGGAUGAGGAUAAGCGGAAAAGACAAACCUUGAACUCAGCUUUCUUGCUGAGAUUUCCCCCUCAAUAUUAUUUGUUAGGCGGCGCCGCGGACACCUUUGCUCCGCGGUGAUUGGCUCGGGGCGGGGACCUCGUGUUUGUCCAAUAUGGCGGCGCCCAGUGGCGGUGUGAACUGUGAGGAGUUCGCCGAGUUCCAGGAAUUACUCAAGGUGAUGAGGACGAUUGAUGACAGAAUAGUACAUGAAUUAAACACUACGGUUCCAACAGCUUCCUUUGCAGGGAAAAUUGAUGCCAGCCAAACCUGUAAACAACUUUAUGAGUCAUUGAUGGAGGCCCAUGCCAGUAGGGACAGAGUCAUAAAAAACUGUAUAGCUCAGACCUCAUCAGUAAUAAAACAGCUCCGAGAAGAGAGAGAAAAGAAUUUGGAUGAUUUAACGUUAUUAAAGCAACUUAGAAAAGAACAGACAAAGUUGAAAUGGAUGCAGUCAGAACUGAAUGUUGAAGAAGUGGUAAAUGACAGGAGCUGGAAGGUGUUUAAUGAACGCUGCCGAAUUCACUUCAAGCCUCCAAAGAAUGAAUAAAAAGAUACUUUUUUUUUUUAAGAUGGACUGGGUCAUCUCAUAAAGAGUCAAGCAUGACAGACAUCAACAUGGUGGGCUUCCCAGGAAGAUUUCUGAGCCAACAGUCCAAGACCUUUUAUUGAUUUCAGCCCCACUUAGCCAAGACCUCACAUAUAAAUAAUUCUGAUAAUUAUGGAGAAAUCAACUGCUAUUUUAUACUGAUUCUGUAAAAAAAAAAAAAAUGUUUUGUAACUAUUAAAAUAAUUUUCUGACUCA